AUGACCGAGUCGCCUCUACUCCGACUGCCUGGCGAGCUGCGCAAUCGUAUCUACGAGUUAGCUGUUGGCGGAAACAUCAUCGUCGUAACAAAAUCCUACACGCGACCGGGAAAAACGUCGGUCUGUCUCACUUCCGCUAAUACUUCUGGACCGGACGCAAAAAGCGCCCAGGCGAGCAUUCGUGCACCUGUAUCGGGAAUCUUUACCAUCGGCCUCGUAUGCCGCCAGCUGCACCGUGAAACAGCCCUCAGUCAGUACGCGAAGAACCUCUUCCACUUCGACAACAUGUACCAUGGCCGAGAUUUUGUGGACAGCCUUAGUAGUGCACAGCGAGCGCUGCUCACGUCUAUAUCCGUCAACGUCGAGGAUUACUUCAGGUCGGAUUUUUCAUGGAACUUUAUAUCAAGCACGUGGACGUGGAGGUCCGUUGUAGACACCGACACCGAAAUAUUCUUGCCCCAGCUAGAGAGUGUCUACAUCAGUGCACAGGACCCGAAAGGCUCUUUUCUGGCGGCUGAGGAAGAGGUACUUCACACAGUUGGGCGAAAGCUGAAGAUCGGUACAUCACGCAAGGAAGGUGUCUCGCUUAUAAUUCUUAAUGUGUUCCGAGGAACGGAGAACCGAGAUCAAGCAAAGAUGAUCAAACUGAGUUGGAACGGUGAGGCGUUCGUCUGA